AUGACUGUGACCGAGAAAGUCACAGUUGACGUUCGGAACACUGUCACUUCCACUGAAACGGCCGUCUCAACGCAGACGAUCGUAGAACACGAGACAGUGACUCAGACAGUGACCAAUGUGAAAACAGUUGCAACGACGGUGGAAGCAACUGGAGAUGCCCUUACUACAGCGUUCGGUUCAUCUGUUCCCACCGCCACUGAGCCGGGAGCAAUCGUGUCCAUAGACUUGCCUGGAGUCAAUUCCACUACACUCCUCGUCUCCACGGUAGGGCCAACAGUCACUAACUUGACGAGCUCUGGACAGGUAGACCUCUCAAAGGUUACGAUGCCAGCAACGACAGUCACUUUGACUGUUCAAGGGCCCACAGUUACCUUGCCUGGGACUUGUGCUGCUGCCACGCCAACUAUUCCAGUGUCCACGGUGGUUGUGCCCACAACAUUAACCGCCGGUCCAUCCAAGCCACUAGGAACUCCUGCGCAAUCUCCAAGUUCCAAAACAGCAGAGAGCUCAACCGUGACUGUCUCAAUGACUUCAAUCACAACUAAAUCCUCGAUUUUGGUGCCCAGUACUGUGCCUCUAACCAGGAACCACAAAAGUACUAUCACCUCUAUAGUCACAGUGCCUGGGUCGACAGCAACUACAGUCGCUAUUGGCCCUGCUUUGACGCAAAGUUCGUCGAAUCAAUUCACGACUUUUCCAGGACCGUCUAGCACAUCUGCGAGUACUCUCUCGACAAGCGUUUUCUCGACGAGUACCAUCGCAACCACCACGUCUGCCACUGUCAUCGUUCCCCUCACCAGCACUUCAUCCACCAGCGCUGUGGUCAUCACCACGCCUGUCACUGUGAGCAGUACAAUUUCUAACACGCCCUCCACAAGCAAUAACAUUGGCACUCCGUCAAUUGCAGUUGGAAGUGCAUAUACGAGCACUCUUUCAAAAAGUGAAAUAGUCAUCCCCGUAUCUACUGUUGUUAGCGGCACAUCCAGAAGCACUGUCACCAUCACAGGAUUUACCACAGUGGCCACAGUGGUCUCAGUAACAGGAACCACGGCAAUUGCCACCGUCUCGUCGCAUGCAACGGGCUCCGACACCACACAGCUGCCAACUCCGGCAAGCAGCAGUAGGACAAUCACCAGUUCCACUUCAGCAUCAGUCUGUCCAACUCUCAUCACAAACCCGACCUACAUGCCUACUGUGCCUCUCCCCAAGAAUUACACCUGGGGUUGCCCUCCUGGAUAUCUAUGCAAGCCUCCUCACACCGACGAUCGUGAGGACUGUACGGUGGAGGCUGGUCUUCCAGCUGAAAGUUAUACAUGCUCCCCUUCGAACUGUGUAGUUGCACCCCCGUUGGUUAUCAAUCAAACUACGGUUGAAGGUCAUGUGUUCACGUAUAGUCAGGGCUAUUACAAUCUUGACCCAGAGGAUUUUGGGUUGAGCUACAAAAUCCUGCAAGGCUCAGGCGGAUCACAGCCAUCUGACAGCACAACAAGUGGAAUCUCGCCAUUCUCGCCGUCCAAACCUUUGCCAGCCGCCCAAGGAGGUACUGGAUCGGAUGGAAGUAUUCCUCCCCUGUGUUACAAUGUUUGCAACGACGUUGGUUUGGAGGCUCAAUCAAUGGGAAAGACUCCAGAACUUUGCCAGCCUGACUCAGCAUUUUCAACUGAACGCGCACAUUGCAAGUCUUGUAUUGAGCUCAGGGCCUCGAAUCCCUCCGAGGCAUACUCUCAGAGAUUGCUGCCAUCUUUCUCACAGUUUCUCAAUUAUUGCGACGAAUCAAGCACUAGCAACAGAGGUGGUAGUAUGACUUUGACCCAACCUACAGCUGCUAUCACGGUCAGCGAAGUGGCUCCCAGCAGUAGCACUUUCACAAGUGCACCUGGGGAUUCUACAACUGCACUCAUCCCUUCGCCUCCCACAGUCAGCUCCACACCUGAGAUCUCCUUGGCAGCUCCCACGACAAGUAGUCAGGGGACCUCAUUAGUUCCCACUGAAACCGCGCAAGCAAGCAUCACCCAGACUGUAGCUACAGGUGAUCCGACGAUUCAUGUCGUCACUGCAAUCGAUUCAAGCACUAGCUUCACAUCAAUCUCCGCUGAGGUACACACGUCAAUGCCGUUCGAGUCAGAGUGGACCGCAUCAAUUACCAAAACUGACACUUCGAUCCCUUCAACUGGCUUCAUGACCGCACCCGGCUCAUCUGGCCGCAGCGAAGACACCGCGACAAGCGCAUCCACUUUGCUCUCAUCAACGUCUACUAUGUUUGCCUCCCAGACAGCCGCGGUUCUCAGCGAGACUAAGGAUUCUAGUUCCGAGACCAAAGCUUUGCCCACAACAAACGAUCUGACUCGCGUGGGGGGCAACAGAUUGACUACGGCUGCUGGUGACCAAACAACGACAGAUAGUACGACCUCGACAAAUGCGGGAAGCCAGCUCAAUUCGACUCCUGUGUCAACCUCAUCACACAGCUCUCUUGACGAUUCAAUGAGUCAGGCGACUUGGACCAGCACUACGAUUACUGCUCGCAGCAGCACCACUGCUACCGAGGAGGCUGCCUCAUCCUCGGGUUUCAACAUGGCCUCAUCGGGAAUCAAGGUCCCCCGUGUCGGUUUUUUGAGUCUGUUCCUCGCGAUUCUCAUGUCUCUCUUUUAA